UUGAAAGAGAUAUACAAGAACCCCAAACCUAUGAAUGCUCUCACAGCUUCGGAGAGAGAAGCGUUUGAGAAAGCUAGAGUCUGCCACAUCUGUCGGAAGCCAUUUUCAGCUGAGGACACGAAGGAUCAUUGUCACCUCACGGGAAGGUACAGAGGUCUAGCGCACAAUAAGUGCAACAUCAACUACAACGACUCGAGAACCAUAACCGUGAUAUUCCACAACCUCAGCGGCUACGACUCUCAUCUCUUUAUCAAGGAGAUGGCAACCUGCUUUAAGGGUCGAGUGUCGCUCAUACCACAGACCAAGGAGCGAUACAUCUCCUUCUCUAAGAUUGUCGAGGGUACGGAAUUCAACUUCCGAUUAAUCGACUCUUACCGCUUCAUGGCAUCCAGUCUGGAGAAGCUCGCCUCCUACCUCGAGAAACUGAGCAUUGCAGAGGGGGAGUUCCAGCUGGAUUACACAACUGAUCAGACGGAGUUGUUGAAGAGGAAGGGGGUGUUCCCCUACGACUACAUCAGCUGCUUCGACAAGCUCAAAGAGACUCUACCUACCAAGGAGCAAUUAUACAACAAACUGAAUGAUAGUCACAUCUCCGACGACGACUACGAACACGCCAAGGCUGUGUGGCAAGCCUUCGACAUCCAGACUCUUGGAGAAUACUCGGACCUGUAUCUCAAGACGGACGUGCUCCUUCUCGCCGACGUCUUCGAGAACUUCAGGGACAACUGUCUCGAAGCUUACGACCUCGACCCCGCACACUACUACACGAGCUCGAGCUGCUGACUGACGUCGACAUGCUCCUGUUCGUCGA